UGGAUUGGGAAAAAAAAAGUCCUAUUGAAUUCAAUUAACCACAUGAUCUGUUUUGUGGGAAUAAAAAUGGAAAGCAAAAGCUCUGUUCUUCACUGUACUGUUGGAGUACGCCUCAAAAACCCACAAUCUGACGCGUUUGAAGAACCUCGAGGAGAAGGUUAAGAGGAAUAUUCUUCUUCUUCUUCUUCUUCUUAAUCUUCUCCGUUUUUCAGUACUAAAUGGGAUCCGUUCUUCUUUGAGUUUUGACAAAGUCACAUGGAGAUUUGGACAGUUUGAGACCCACCCACAUACAUAUUCCACAUGGAUACCUCAGAUAUGGCCGAUUAGAUUGGGGCACAUUUGAUCUGACCCACAUAUUACAUUUUCUUUCCCUUUCUCUCUCUCUUAUUGUUAUUGUUUAAUUUGUUGACCAGUCUUCCCUAAUUGUUAUACAAAUCAUGUUUCUAUCUGUUUUUAUAUUCACUUAUAGUGCUACAUUCAAUUCUAUGACGUUCCUUCUUCUUCUUGAAUCAGCAGGGGAAGAUUCCCAUUUCGUGUUUUCUCUUUGAUUCUGUGUUUCCCUCUUAUAAGUAAUUGCUGAUUCUUUGACUGUUCUGUAUUUGCCUUUUAAAAUCUUGAUGAUUCUGGUUUCUGGGUCUCUCCUUUUAUUUGGUUUGAUUCUCUAGGGGUGUCAUUUUUCCUUUGUUCCUUCGAAGUAUUCUGAUAUUGGGAGUAUUCCAUGCCAAACCCAAUUGGUAAAUUUUGUGGGAUUAAGAUUUUCAUUGCAAAACCAGUAUGGUGAUCUGAGAAAGAUUGGUGUUUUGUGAAGUAACUAGCUGGAAAAAGAUCUGUUGAUAUAAUUUAUGGUAUAAACAAGGAAGUAUUUCAAAGUUUGUUAUAUACCAGUUUCUUGAGAAGUGUUGAAAAUGGAAAUUACAGCCUUUAUUAUUUCCAUUUUGGGACUGGUAGGAGCCUAGAUUAUAUGAGAAGAGAAUAAAAGAUAUGGCUGCAAAACUUCUACAUUCCUUGGCAGAUGACAAUCCUGAUUUGCGCAAGCAAAUAGGAUGUAUGACUGGUAUUUUUCAUCUCUUUGAUCGUCAUAAUGCGAUCACAACGAAGCGAAUUAGUCACAAGAGGCUCCCUCCUGGUCAUUCCCAAUCAAAUGGUGGUGACUUGGUGAGUACUGCACAUCAACAAGAGAAACCAAAUGAGUCAAGUCUGAAUGAGAAUGUGAAUGACAAACAAAGCAUGCCUGCAGAAUCAUCCAGAGACUCUCUCUCCUCCUGUUCAUCAUCUUUGUCCUCUCUGGAGUGCAAUAAAACUGCACGACUAGAAGCCUUGUCCUUUUCCAGGACCAUUGUUCUUGAAAGUCCCUCAACGGGGUUGACAUUGAACCAGCUGAAUACCGCUAGCUAUUCAGAGAGGCAACCAUUCAAUAUCAAACAUGUAGUAAAAGAUUCUAUGCAUAGAGAAGUAAGAACAUCAUUUGUUAAAAUGACAGACAUGGAUGACUUUGGCCAUGGUGCGAAACAUAGGGACUCUCCAAGACCCCCUCCAAUGUCCAAAUGUGCAGAGGUUUCUUCAAGGGUUGCAAGAAACCAUAAUCAAGAUGCUCCAAUUGAUAUCAAGGAAUCUUUUAGAGUUCUUGCUGAACUAAAAGACACAUCCUGGAACUUUGAUGAAGCUACAGGACGUCCAAGAUCAUCAUGUGAAAAUGAAGCAACACAUGGAAAGAAUUUACUUUCGAGGGAUUUUCCACGGCUUUCUUAUGAUGGUAGAGAGAGAAGUCAAUGCUCAUAUGAAUCAAGCAACCUCAAGUCCAGCCCUAAACUGAAAGAGCUCCCUAGACUCUCACUGGACAGCAGAGAGACUUCAGGAUGCAGAAAUUUUCAAAAUAGUAGCUGCUCUACUGACAAGUCCUCUGAGCUACAUCAUUCUUCAGGCAAUCAGAAGCGGCUGCCCAGUGUUGUAGCAAAAUUGAUGGGUCUAGAAACAUUGCCUGAUGCGUUUUCAUCUAUAGAUACUCAAUGUGGUGGUGAAACUUUUGCAAAAUCAUUAAGAUCUAGAAAUCUGAAAACAUCUGCCUCGGAUAAAAGCUCAUCUAAAUGCUCAACUUCACCACGGCGAAAAUAUCAUGAUUUGAUUAGAAAACCUAUUCAAUCUUCUAGGCUCCCUGUUGAAACUGCACCUUGGAGGAAGCUAGAUGGAACUCAAGUUACUAAAAGCACAGCUCUUAGGCCUGUAAAAGGCCCAGCACCGAGCUCCUCCCCCGCUGUUUAUGAUGAAGUCGAGAUGAGGCUGAAAGAUCUUGAAUUUGAACAAUCCAGUAAGGAUCUCAGAGCACUUAAAAAAAUACUUGAGGCAAUUCAAAUUAGGGCACUAUCCGAAAUUGGAAUCGAAGAGAAAACUUCAGUUGUUGGAAUUCAAAGGAACCAAGAACCAAGUUCUUCUAGACCCAAUCAAAAGACCAGGUUGAUGAGCCAACGAAACAGACGGAGCAGUGUAGUUGCCUCCACUGCUAGUGUACCUAAUUCUUCCAAGGCAUAUGAAUCUUCAAUUAUCAUUAUGAGACCUACUAAACCUGUUGAAAAAUCAGUUGUAUCAACCUCAACGAUUCAAAUGGAUCGCUCCCCUAUUCUCCAUAAGCUCCAAAACGAAGGAUUUCCGGAUAAUAAAAAAGGCUCUACCAAUGGCCAAACCGGAGCACGUUAUCCUAAAAGCUCACAAAAGGAUCUUGCUGUUAUUACCUCUGAGAAGAAGUCGAUUUCUAGAAAUAUAAGAUCGCCUCAAACUUCUUCGAAAGCUCAACUAGUACUUAAAGAAAGCAACACGAGCUCAAUGAAAAGUUCAGACGCUGUUAGUCCAAGACUGAGACAUGGGAAGGUUGAGGUGGAGAAACGAUCUCAUCCCACUAAAUCUGAUGCAUACAAACCCAAAAGGAAAAUGAAGCAGACAGACUCGAGUGCCCACUGUGGAAAGAUAAAGCCCAAGACUUCCAGUGUAAGGCAAUGUGAUGAUCAAUCAAGUGAGAUGAACAAUGAACCAAGAGUUUCUAGUUACCAAAGGGAUGACAUGACCCUACAGUCAGAUACUAGUUUAUCCUUGGAUUCAAAGAUAGGUAUUGAGGUGAACAGCAGCAUGCAAUCAACUGAGAUCGAUGACAGCCAGAGACAAGCCAUGGAGGCUGUUGAAUUCUUAACACCUGGCUCAGUUAAAAAGUUAUCAAUGGUGGCUAGUAGUCAAGAUGGGUUGACGGUAGAACAAGAUGCAAUAGCACUAGAGCACCCCAGUCCUGUCUCUGUCCUCGACGCUCCAUCAUUAUAUAGAGACGAUGAAGCGUCUCCAGUGAAAAAAAUUACAAUUUCACUGCAUGGUGAUGAUUCACUAGAUCCUAAUGAGAGGCGUAGUGAAGACCAAUGCAACAUUUCAGAUGACAUCUUUGUAAAUCCUUUAGUUUUAAAUCAUAAUGUGGAGAUUGACAGUAUGAAAUUUGAAAAUAUUGAAGAUCUGAUUCAGAAGCUUGGAUGUUUGAACUCACAUCAUGACGAAGGAGAAAAAGAUUAUAUUGGAUUGUUGUGUGAGAAUGCCAAUCCAGAUCACAGAUACAUCUCGGAGAUAUUGUUAGCUUCUGGUCUUCUACACCGGGAUCUAGGCCAUGGUCUGACCACAUUUCAGCUUCAUCCUUCUGGUAAUCCCAUUGAUCCAGAGUUAUUCUUUGUUUUGGAGAAAACAGAGGUGGGUGGUGUACCGCCAAAAGAAGGGUUCAGCCCAGCAAGAGCUUCCUAUUCAAACAGGGAGAAAGUUGAUAGGAAGCUCAUAUUUGAUGCUGUAAAUGAGAUGCUUAUUGAAAAAUUAGCUAUUGAUGGUGGUGCUCCUGAGCCAUGGUUGAAACCAACAAAGAUUGCAAAAGAAGCUUUUAGUGGGCCAAAGAUUUUGAAGCAAUUGUGUAAUGAAAUAGAACAGUUUCAAGCUAAGAAGUUCAGAUGCAACUUAGACGUAGAGAAGGAUGAUUCAAUGAGCAUUCUGCAAGACGAUGUGAUGCGCCAAUCGAGGAGUUGGACAGAUUUUCGUGGUGACAUCUACGAUGUCGUGUUGGACGUUGAGCGAUCAAUAUUCAAAGACUUGGUUAAUGAGAUCAUUAUUUGGUGACAGAAUUUUGGAAGAUAAACCAUAGGGUGUGCAUUGGCCAGUUUGCUUGCAUUCCCACUGGUGUUUCAACUUGUUAUUUGCUUUCUUACAGUGACAUAAACAUCUGCUCUUUCUUCCCCCAUUUUUUGGUGUCAAGCUCAAUAAUUUGUGAUAAGCAGUUCUGAUCUGGUUGGCUGUUGUGCAAUAUACUUGGCCACAAGAAUCAAAAUCAAUGAAAAUAUUUUGUUCCUAUUUCAUUCUA